AUGGAAUCCAACAUAAGGAUCAACAAUCCUGCGGACAUCUCUGUUAUUGUCAUCUAUUUUUUGGUAGUGCUGGCAGUGGGACUAUGGGCUAUGUACUCAACCAACCGAGGGACAGUAGGUGGAUUCUUCCUGGCUGGACGAAGCAUGGUUUGGUGGCCGAUUGGUGCUUCUCUGUUUGCCAGUAACAUUGGCAGUGGACAUUUUGUGGGAAUAGCAGGAACAGCAGCAGCUGGAGGAAUUGCCAUCGGAGGAUAUGAAUGGAAUGCUCUGAUAUUUGUGGUUGUUCUAGGAUGGCUGUUUGUACCCAUCUACAUCAAAGCUGGGGUGGUGACAAUGCCAGAGUAUCUGAAGAAGCGUUUUGGUGGGAAACGGAUUCAGGUCUACCUGUCAGUCCUUUCCUUGAUCUUGUAUAUUUUCACAAAGAUCUCAGCAGAUAUAUUCUCUGGAGCUGUAUUUAUACAGCUGGCCAUAGGGCUGAAUCUUUAUUUGGCCAUAAUCAUCCUGCUUGCUAUUACCGCUCUUUACACCAUCACAGGUGGCCUUGCAGCUGUGAUUUACACAGACACCUUACAAACAUUUAUCAUGGUAGUGGGAUCCUUUAUUCUCAUGGGAUUUGCAUUUUCUGAAGUAGGAGGGUAUGAUGCUUUCAUGCGGAAGUACAUGGAAGCAAUUCCAUCCAAUAUCUCCUACAAGAAUACUACGAUUAGUGAAAAAUGCUACACUCCUCGGAACGAUGCCUUUCACAUCUUCCGAGAUGCCGUCAAUGGAGAUCUGCCGUGGCCAGGGCUCGUCUUUGGUUUGAGCAUCCUUGCUUUGUGGUACUGGUGCACAGAUCAGGUUAUUGUCCAAAGAUGUCUCUCUGGCAAGAACAUGUCCCAUGUGAAGGCUGGUUGUAUCAUGUGUGGAUACCUGAAACUCUUGCCCAUGUUUAUCAUAGUGAUGCCUGGAAUGAUCAGCCGAAUUUUGUAUACAGAUGUGGUGGCUUGUGUUGUGCCUGAAGUCUGCCAGCAGUACUGUGGCACUGCAGUUGGCUGUACAAAUGUUGCUUAUCCAAAAAUGGUAGUGGAGCUUAUGCCAAAUGGUCUGCGGGGUCUGAUGUUGUCAGUCAUGUUGGCUUCCCUUAUGAGCUCCCUGACUUCCAUUUUUAACAGCGCUAGUACUUUGUUCACUAUGGACAUUUAUACCAAAAUUCGAUCACGACCAUCUGAGAAAGAGCUUAUGUUAGCUGGAAGGGCAUUUAUGUUACUUUUAAUUGGCAUCAGCAUUGCCUGGGUUCCUGUGGUGCAGUCAGCUCAAAGUGGGCAGCUCUUUGACUAUAUUCAGUCAGUUACUAGCUACCUGGGACCUCCCAUUGCUGCUGUCUUCCUGCUUGCCGUCUUCUGCAAGCGGGUCAAUGAGCAGGGUGCCUUCUGGGGCCUGAUGGUUGGGCUGCUAACUGGACUCAGUAGAAUGAUUGCAGAGUUUGCCUAUGGAACUGGCAACUGUGUGACCCCUUCCAACUGCCCAUUCGUCAUCUGUGGGAUUCACUACCUUUACUUUGCAAUGAUUCUUUUUGGGGUUACCGCCAUCGUCAUCCUGGCAGUCUCCUUCAUGACUAAGCCCAUUCCUGAUGUACAUCUUUACCGCUUGUGCUGGUCUUUGCGGAACAGCAAAGAAGAACGUAUUGAUCUUGAUGCAGAUGAGGAACAGGACAAAGCUGAUGAAAAAGAUGAGGAAUCAGUUAAUGAGGAAAGUGAGGAAGAACCGGGAUGCGUUAAGAAAGCGUACAACUGGUUCUGUGGCUUAGAUCAACAAAAAGGACCCAAACUGAGCAAGGAGGAAGAGGAAGCGUUGAAGAAGAAACUGACUGACACAAGCGAAACGCCACUUUGGAGAAAUGUUGUGAAUAUCAAUGGCAUCAUCCUAUUGACUGUGGCUGUAUUUUGCCAUGCCUUCUUUGCAUAAACCUCUGAUUACAGUUCUGAAAUUGUACUGUAUUGUCAAGCAAAAAUGAUGACUUGUAAAUCUAACGAUUUACAGAGUUAGAUACACUUAGUAUUUUCAUUGUCUACGUUUGUAAAAAAUCAGGGUGAUUCACGCGCUGAUUUUGUGAUCAUAAUUUCAACAAUCUAAAGAUGAAGGCCACUGGGAUUUCAAGAGAGAGAAUUUCUGUUUAGACGCUGAAUCAGUCCAGAGCUAAUAGAGGUUCAGAAUUUCCAUCCAAUAUUCUCUCUUCUCGUGAUAGUUUUCAUAUUUUAGGUGCAGAACGAGGCUGCAUGAGCCAUGUUUCAUAUCAGGGUUUGCGAACUGCCUUUUAGGGUUGGUUUUCAACCCUUCUUCUUCUGAUCAUUCAAAUUUCUUUUUCCUUUGGAUUACAAAAAACCCACAACAACUGAGGGACCGUAUUAUGAAUUCAAAUUAAAAAAUCGUUUUUGUUCCCUCCGAGCAUGGGAUAUCUUAAGUAAAGGAUUUAUGUAUAUGUUGAUGUAUUUGACACUAUAUCUAACUUUCCAUUAUAACUUUUUUCCCCUUUUUCUCACUUGUCAUUGUGUUGUGUUUCUCAGUAAUCAGUGGAACACUAACCGUCUGAAUUGAUCGCAUUUUGAAAUUAGGGAAAACCUGUCUCGAUGAUCUUAAUAAGAAUUAUGCUUACAGUAGAUUAUCUGUUUAAAGUCAACUUCAAAAGGUCCUCCUCUCUUUAUAUUUUAAUAUGUGUCUAUACUUGAAUGUGAUGCUUUUUUAUACAAAAUACAUAUAUUAUAUAUAUACAAUACAUUAUAUAUAUGCACUAUAUAUAUUAUAUAUAUUUAAAAUAUAUAUGUGUGUGUGUAUAUAUAUAUUUAUUUCCUACUGAUCAAUUCCCAUGUUGGUAUGUCAAAGUUAAUCUCUAUGCACAAUUACUAGGACCUCUUUAUCGUGGGGUUGGUGUUAAGAUAUCGUCUCUUUCUAUGGGCUGUACUACAAACCAAUCCAUGCACAUGGUUAAAAGUCCAAAGCAUCAGAAUGCUGGGUUUGCAUUUUUCUUUCAAGUGCAUUUGAGGGCUCUGUACUGCUUUUCUGCAAAGCUAGAAAUCUUUCUUCUGAAGAUUUCAUUG